AUGGUGGCCCAAAUUGCCCUCUCUGCAUUUAGUGAGACAAAGUACGACCAUGCGACACAGCCUGGACUGCCCGUGAGCUCGCCGAUAGUUGAUCUGUCGGUUACUUGGGAUAGCGCAGCCGGCAACGUUUUCAUAUACCGGCCGAAGAAUGAGGUUGUAUCGAAGAUCCAUCAGGGAGCGAAGGGCCGAAGGGGAGAACCGUCAACGGUCACGGCUGUGAAAUGGAAGCCAGAUGGCCAGUUUGUAGCCGUCGCGUGGGAUGAUGGAUACGUCCGCUUGAUGGGUCUCGAGAACAACAAAGCAGCACAUAAUAUCAAAGUCACUGAGGCCGGGGAGGCCAAGAUUUCGCACAUUGGGUGGACGAGCAACAGCGUCACCAAGAAGUCAGAGAGACGCACAAGUACAGCAUCGUCUACGUGGCUAGGCGUGUUGGGGAAGGACGUUCCCGCCGCCGAUCUACCUCGUGAACUUACCUUCUUGGAGGUAGAUACGGCGUUGCCUAAGAUCAGCCCCUUACCAAGUGGGAGCGCUGGGAAUGGAGAGGACUCAACGGUCUUCACAUUGAGGACUGGAAUCGACUUUCUCUUCCAGCCUUUCAAACCCGAAGAUAGCGAGGAAAUAUCCGUCAUGAUUGUGGGUACCGAUAAGGGCAACGUCCAUCUCAGCAUCUACGAUUCCUUUACAGUCGGAACGUUCAACUAUCCAUCUCCCAAAGACGCCCACGCCGACGUGCGCCUAAUCCAUCAUACUUCGCACCACGAUCUCUCCACACAUUCUCUCGUCUUUAAGUCCACAGGCGAAUCUCGUUACACGCUCGACAUUGUCCCAAUGGACCUCUCAUUCAUCGUGUCCUCACCUAUUAACCUAUCUCUCUUGGCUUCUAAGUUGACCACCCUUCAGAAGCUAUUAAGAUAUCUAAGGCAAGCAUUCCUCCACAUGCAAGUAGAGUACAAGAACACUAGGGACCUGCCAUCACGGUUCCUAGCAAACGUUCAGGAGGACCUAGAGGGUGCCGAAAUGGGGCCCAGGGACAUUGUCUCCGCACUCUAUCAUACGCUCGUCACGGGACACACAUAUGAGAUCGUGAAGGAAUGGCUAGUAGACAGCCUUGCAGAAAGAGGCCAUAAAAGAUGGGACAGAGCCGUAGUAUCCGGUCUCGAAAAUCUCCGAAGCAUCAUCCACGAAAACUUCCUCCCCGCCCUUAGCCGCUGCGGCGUCAUCCUCAGCCGUCUCAAAGGCCUCGCCCAAUUCUACGAAUCCCGUGACGACACCGGCCUAUCAGCUAUCCAGAUCUCCCGCCUCAUGGACACCGUCGCAUGCCUUACCCUCGUCGGCCACCGAAUGCUCCUCGUAGUGAUGGAGGAGCUCGAGCUCUUCACGUCCUUCUCCUUGUGGCUGAGGUUUCAGAUCGAUCGUCUUGCGACAAGCUCCGGCAGCGACGAACUCAUGGAGAAGGAGGCGACGAUGAAUAAUGGACAUAUACUAGCUUACAUUAAGAAAUAUCUCCUUCGGAGUCCGUUGUCCAUCUUUCUGGUGGACGAUGAAACGGGUGGUGACUGGGAAGAGAUCGCCAAGGGGGCGUCUCUCCUCGAGACUCUCGACGCUCAACUGAAGAAGCAUGAGAAUGGACAGCAGUUCGCCGAAUUCUUGCCGAAGGUGCAUUGGCUUCUAGGCCAUUUGGAUGACAAGGCGAGCGGGGUGUUCAGUGAUAUUGCACAGGCUCAGAAGAGGAGCGUUCGGUUUGGGCAGGCGACAACAAUUUCGUUGGACCAGGAGAUUACGGGAGUCGAUAUCUGCAUGGAUGCAGUCCACGGAUCCGGGGACCUCCUCGACGGGCUGACGUAUACAGCCGUGGCUACUAAAGAGCGGGAUAGCGAGAUUCUCCUCCUCCGAACCUCCAUGCCGAUUGUCAACGGCAUAAGCGGGACCGUCGAAACAGGCUGCUGCACCAUCUCCAUCGCUCCCAAAAAAGUCAUCGACGUCAAAUUCCUAACACCUACUCUCCUUCUCAUCCUAGGCUCUCAAACAGGCGCGCCUCCUUCCCUCACCUCCCUACCUCUCAAGACCGCGACCCUCCCAUGGACCUCUUACACCCCCUCGACACCACUUCCUCCUCCACGCGAGCUCGAACCUAGUUCCGUAGCAACUACUCAGAUUCCGCUGGGAAAAGACGGCGACUUCAUCCCUGUGCAGAUGGAUAUCCACGACAAAAGUGACGUGAGGGGUCCCAUGCCAGCAAGGGCAUAUGAAAACGUCGCCAACAGAAACAGGUUAUCCGAAGUGCCAUAG